AUGACCGACCCCACCACCAACGACCCUCAAAUCCAUCUAACAGAAAUCGACGUCGACCUAGACGUCCAAGAGAUCCUCCUCGCAGCCUCACAGCACGAUAUCGCCAAACUUCGCCGUCUCUGCCGUACACAAUCCUCCCUGCCCGAUGCAGCGAACGUGAAAGACCCGGAGACGGGCUACUCGCCCCUUCACGCGGCCAUUGCAGCAUGCGAGCCGGACGAAGACGAGAAGACGAACGGCGAGGCUGCGUCUGCGGAUAAGGAGCUGUUGGAGUCUGGUACUGAGACAGUCAAGUUCUUGUUGCAGGAGGGUGCUAUUUGGAAUGAUCUUGAUAAUAAGAAUGAGACGCCGGGUUGUUUGGCGAGGCGUAUUGGGGCGUUGGAUCUGUAUGAGUUGAUUGUUGAUGCUGGUGUGCGUGCGGAGAUGCUGCUUAACCGGUUGGACGAGUAUGCGGCGCUAUCGGACGGCGAUGAUGAGGAUGAGGAUGAGGACGAGGCUACAGAGAACACCGAGGACAAGGUUGAAGACGAGACAGCACCCGAGCUCGUCGAAGUCUCUACAGAACAACCCGCCGAAUCUGUAUCUGCAUCUGAACCCACUCCCGUAAACCCCAACGUCAACAACAGGGGCUACCUCUCCUCCACCCUCUCUAUCUCCAACGACCGAAUCCUCGACUCAGACGCAAACGGCGUCAUGAUGCGCUGGGAAAGCGACAUCAUGCUCAAAUCCGCCAAAUCCCUCCUGCCCCGCCCAGGCCUCAAAGUCCUCAAUAUCGGCCACGGCAUGGGCAUCGUAGACGGAUUCUUCCAAGCCCAAUCCCCCGCCGAACACCACAUCAUCGAAGCGCACCCAUCCGUACUAGCCGACAUGAGAACCAAGGGCUGGGACACCAAGCCCGGCGUGACCAUCCACGAGGGCCGUUGGCAGGACGUUCUUCCCGGCCUAGUGGGCGAGGGCGUUACAUUCGACGCGAUCUAUUAUGAUACGUUCGCAGAGUCGUAUGCGGAUUUCCGGGAUUUCUUCUCCGAGCAGGUUAUUGGGUUGUUGGAGCAGGAUGGGAAGUGGGGGUUUUUUAAUGGGAUGGGUGCUGAUCGGCAGAUUUCUUAUGAUGUUUAUCAGAAGGUUGCUGAGAUGGAUUUGUUUGAGGCGGGCUUUGAUGUUGAGUGGGAGGAGAUUCCGGUGCCGAAGUUGGAGGGCGAGUGGGAUGGGGUGAGACGGGCGUAUUGGGUUGUUGAGAAUUAUCGUCUGCCGCUUUGUCGGUUUAUGGAUUGA